AUGGCCCAGGCAUGCAGUCGGUUUCGGGAGCUCGCGGACGACCCGGAUCUGUGGCGGCGGCUGUACAAGCAGGUCUUCCAAUACGACCGCCCGCUGCUCCACCCGCAGCCCUGCGCCUUCGAAUUCCACGACCCGGAGGGCGGCGACGGCAACCCCUGGAAGGAGAGCUUCCGGCAGCUGUACCACGGGGUCCACGUGCGGCCCUCCUUCGAAGGAAGGGAACUUCGUGGCCGGAGAGUGACGUAUUUCGACACCAUCUCGAGCGCACUGGCCUUCGCAAAAGAGCGCGUUGCUGACACCGAAGCGUCUGGUCGCGAUGCUCUGAUCUUCGUACAUGCUGGUUCCUACCAGGAGGAGAUCUUAAUCGAUUUCAAUGUGGCCCUUAUUGGCGCUGCUGCGAAAGAAGUGAAUAUGUCUGUAGUCUUAGAGGGCAAAUCUGCAAGUACUGUGACAAUUAGGGAGGGUGCAAAUGAGGCGUAUGUGGGCCAUUUUACACUAACCUUCAAGCCCGCACCAAAUUUUGAACAGAACGGGUAUUGCUGCAUAGAAAUAUUGGAAAGUUGUAAUCCGACUGUAGACAAUUGCAUCAUGCAAAACUCCUCUGAAUAUUGGUCAGCUGUCAGAGUUAGCGGCCAAGGAGCAAAGCCCACGAUACAAAAUUGCAAAAUCAGGGAGUGUGGAUUCCAAGGUCUAAGUAUUGAAAACAAAGCCGAAGGAACAUAUAUUGAUAAUGAAAUUUGCCACACUCGGCUGACAGGCGUUUGGGUAAAAGACUGGGCAAACCCAACCUUUCGCCGAAAUGUCGUCCAUAAUGUAGGUGAAACUGGUAUCAAAGUCUCCGGCAGUGCGCUGGGCGUAUUUGAACAAAUCGAAGUAUAUAAAAGUCAUGUGACUGCUUUUGAAGUGUCUGGUGGAGCGUCUCCUGUUGUACUAAGAAGCACGUUUAUGUCUGCAGAGACGAGCAGUGUCCUCGUAGAAGAGGGGGCUUUCGGUUUUUUUUCAGAAAACACAAUAUUUUCGGGUAGUUCGCCUGCCGUGAUAAUAUCAACCGACGGUGAACCGACUAUCAAGCGUAAUAAAAUGCACAAUUGUCUCCUGGGUGUGCAAAUUGCCGACGGCGGAAAAGGUGUGAUUGAAGAAAAUGAAAUCAUUGGUAGUUCCUUGGCGGGGAUCUUAAUUAACAAUAGUAGCCCGAUUAUUCGGAAGAAUAAGAUUCUUAGUGGAACUCGUUAUGGAAUUUAUGUUAAUGACCAAAGUGAAGGUGUGGUUGAGGAAAAUGAAAUUGCCUCAAAUUCCAUAGCCGGAAUAAUGAUUAGUAAUGGUAGCAGGACGUACAUGAGACGUAAUCAGAUAUAUUCGGGAAAUGACGGGAUCCAUUUUGAAUUUCAUGGUCACGGUCGCUUAGAAGAGAAUUACAUUUUUAACAAUGAAAACUAUAAUGUGAUAAUAAAAUCUGCAAGUAACCCAUUACUACUUAGAAACAAAAUAUGGGGUGGUGGACACGGAGGAGUUUUUGUAUCUGAUGGUGGUGCGGGGCGCUUAGAGGGCAACGAAGUAUUUGACAACGGCGAAGCUGGUGUUCACAUCGAGGACGAUUCAAUCCCUAUAAUAAAUAAGAACAAAAUUUUCAAUGGCAGAAAGAAUGGUGUGUCCAUUGUAGCCACGGCGAUGUUGUUUUGCAAUGAUAUUUUGAGGAAUGCAGGUAGUGGCGUCCACAUAAACACUGAAAAGGAGGUUCGUGUGGUACAAAAUCGUAUUUUUUGUGGAUAUGGUACCGGUGUAGAUAUACUAAACACUGGAACUACAUACCUAUUUGAUAACAUGAUAUUCGGUAAUAAAUUAAAAGGUUUGAAUGUUGCUAGUGGUGCUAAUGUCGUUUUAGAAGGAAAUAAGAUAACCGACAACGACGGCGCCGCUGAAAAAGCCGUAUCGGAAGAGGGAGCCGAAGGGGGAGCCGAAGAGGGAGCCGAAGAGGGAGCCGAAGAGGGAGCCGAAGAGGGAGCCGAAGAGGGAGCCGAAGAGGGGACUCUCUGA